AGCGUAAGAGUAGAGGAAGAAGAAAUGGAGUGGAACCGGAAGUACAUCGGCGAUCAGAAGGACGUAGCUGUGCUGGGCGGUAGCAAGCUAUCUUAGGAAAGAUGCUGUCACUUUUCUCUAAUGUGCUUAGGACCGGUGCUCAAAAAAAUGGUGCUGCAGUGGUUAUGUCAGCAAGGACUUACGCCGACUUCACAACUCAAGCUACUUUUGAAAUAAAGAAAUGCGACCUCCACAAACUGGACGAGGGCCCGGCCACUGAGGUAGUGAUGACUCGCGAUGAGGGUCUGCAGUACUAUCGCACCAUGCAGACGAUGAGGCGAAUGGAGCUGAAGGCCGAUCAGCUGUACAAGCAGAAGAUCAUCAGAGGCUUCUGUCACUUGUAUGACGGCCAGGAAGCCUGCGCUGUUGGUAUCGAGGCAGCAAUCAACUUGUCCGACCACCUGAUCACGGCCUACCGCGCUCACGGCUACACUUUAACCAGGGGAGGCACUGUAAAGGAAAUUAUGGCUGAGCUCACUGGGCGAAGAGGUGGCAUUGCAAAGGGAAAGGGAGGGUCCAUGCAUAUGUACUGUAAACAUUUCUAUGGAGGAAAUGGAAUUGUUGGAGCACAGGUUCCACUCGGUGCUGGCAUAGCUCUGGCCUGCAACUAUCUUGGCAACAAACAGUUAUGUGUCUGUCUCUAUGGUGACGGUGCUGCCAACCAGGGUCAAAUCUUUGAGACGUACAACAUGGCCGCACUUUGGAAGUUGCCCGUCAUCUUCAUCUGCGAGAACAACAGGUAUGGCAUGGGCACGUCAGUGGAGCGAGCAGCAGCCAGUACGGACUACUACAAGAGAGGAGACUACAUCCCUGGUCUAAGGGUGGAUGGGAUGGAUGUCCUCUGUGUCCGGGAAGCAACUCGGUUUGCAGCCGAUAUGUGUCGAGCAGAGAAAGGUCCUGUUCUGAUGGAACUUCAGACGUAUCGCUAUCACGGUCACAGUAUGAGUGAUCCUGGUGUCAGCUACCGUACACGUGAGGAGAUCCAGGAAGUGCGCAGUAAGAGCGACCCCAUCUCCUUGCUUAAGGACCGAAUGCUCAGCAACAACAUGGCCAGCGUAGAAGAGCUGAAGGAAAUUGACGUCGAGGUGAGGAAGGAAAUCGAAGACGCAGCUCAAUUUGCCACCACGGAUCCUGAACCGCCACUGGAAGAACUGUGCAACCACAUCUUUCACAAUGAUCCACCCCUGGAGGUGCGCGGCACCAACCCCUGGACCAAGCUGAAGUCUGUCAGUUAAAGAAUCGUUUUUUUUUUUCUCCCCCACUCCACUCCAACAUAAGGCAACUACCCCACAGCAAGCUCUCUCUCAUAUGUUAGCUUAAAGCCACACCAUAGACCCACAACCUGAAGUCUCAGCUACUUGUUUUGUGGGUUUUUUCUUUUUUUUUUUUUUUUACAGCUGGGGGGCUCUUAAACUAAGAUGUGGCUACAUCAGGGGUGUCCAAACUGAAUUUGAGGGCGGCAAACAGAAUAAUUACCGGAUGAAAGGGUUGCUCCGAAAUGUUUUUACUUUAAGUUAUUAAACACAGUAAAUCGAGCAAUUACUUAUUGUUACAUUUUCUUUUGGGGGGGUAUCCCCUCCGUUGCAGGAAGCUAAACUGCAAGCCCACUUAAUGGAACACUUAAAAUGAACAAAGUACACAACACGUGAAGGCUUUUCUCCAUGAUGUGAGAAGUAGCCUAUUUUGCCAAAAAAAAAACAUUCACAAUGUCUAACCCUGUUUUGAUGCCGCUUCCAUUCUUGCUCUGCCAAUGAUAACUGUUACGUUGAAAGAAGGAUGAUGAUUGAACGGAGCGAUUUGAGCGCAUCAUGUAAUAAACGAGCUGAAAUGCUG